AUGUUGUAUGCCUUUUCUUGCAGGAAAUUAAAAUGCAUGACUGACAGUGAAACUGUUGCACCUGACUGGCCUUACUACAAAACCAUUGAUAGGAUCUUAUCCAAAGUGACAGACCACAGUGAUGUGAAAAUGCAUGAAAAUCAGCAACCAGGUCCUUCUACGUCACAGACAGAGGCCUCGCAGUCACCAUCAGCUAAGUCUACGCCUCUGUAUUUGCCAUAUAAUCAGUUUACAUAUGAAGGAAGGGAAGAGUGCUUUGAAGAUGAACAUUCAGAGAGCUCAUCAAGCUUACUGUCUUACAAGCUAAGAACUGAAGAAAGACCAGUUAAGAAAAGGAAAAUGCAAAGCUGCAGCUUUCAAAAGAAGAAGCUAAAAUUAAUGGAGGCUAUGUUGGAAGAACAAAAGAAGUUGAGCAGAGCUAUGGAAGAAACCUGUAGAGAAGUACGCAGGAUUCUGGAUCAGCAAAACAUCAUUCAAGUUCAAAGCUUACAGCUACAGGAGAGAAUGAUGAAUCUACUGGAGAAAAUGAUUUCCAAAUCCAAUGUGUAGUUUCCCUUGUGAAUGCCUCUGAGAUUAUCAUUGAUAUUAUAGACAUCCCCUUACUGCACACCUUAUGUGUGUUUGUUGCCCUAUUCCCAGGUUUUCCAUGGAAAUUAAAAUCUUAGUGUAUUCUUAGAUAAGCAAAGAGAACAGAUAAUGCAGGGUGAGAGCUGUCUGGCAUGAGAAAAAAUAGUGCAAUAUAUGCCUAAACUGAAUUAUUUUUAUACAGAUAGAUUAAGGGAUGAAUAGCUCUGGGAAUUUCAAUACUGUUAUGCCUAGGUCAGAUAUUGUUUUACAAAGAUGUUACGUGUUUCUUCACAUCAAGGACCAUACCCUGACCUGUUGUUGAAGAACAAAGUAAUGUGUUCUUAAACAUGCUAAUUGCAUCUUGACUUUGCUGAUGAUUAAGCCCUGGUUUGAAACAUACACAGUGAUUGUACAAGUGACCUAUGCAUGGUUCUUCUGAAGAGCUACUAGGGACCACAAGAUGUCAUUUUAAACUCCAUGCCUGAUAUGAAUAGUACUCUAAUGUAUGAGAGUAAAAAUAGUCUAUUCAAAUACACUUUUCAUAAAAUACAAACAAAUCCUUACUAUAUACUGAAUACUAAAAUGUAUAGACGAUACUUGAAGUUGCUUUUGAUAUUAAAUGUUUAAUUUUUUUCAUUAUUAACUGGAAUCUGUUGACUUAAUGAGCGACCAGCAAUGAAAACUAUCAUUUCUUCUCUAUCACAAAAGAAAAAUAUUGUACUGUGUGUAUAUACAAAUAUAUAUCUAUCAAAUGAAAUAAAGGAAAAGAAGAAACAUACUUCUUGCUGGAUAGAUAAUACGCUUUCCGUUGGUGAAAAGGCAAUCACAGUCAAAAGCUUUUAAUUCUUAACUACUGGGUAAAGAUCUCCUCUGCUGGUGCAUAUAUUCAUGGAACUCCUAAAGAAUAUUCAGUAUUUGCUGGUGGCACUACUUUAAUUAUAUGCAAGCAGAUGUAAGGCAGAUCGGCAUCGACACACCACAAGAGGGAGCCGAAGGCAUGAGGGAUUGCGUUUAAGCCCUUGAGGUGAAGCCUAGCGUUUGAUUCUUUAAUGAAAUGUAACAUUGAAGUAAACUUUAAAAUGUGUUCAGAAGUUCCUCAGAUGAAUUCCUUUGUACAUUUCUUUCUGUUUUCUUCUUGAAAAGCAUACUUCUGCUUUCACGGUAUUUGCAAGAAUCAGUAUCCAAGGUCAGAUUCAGAUAUACAGGUACAGAAUUAAUGUCAGUAGUGGAAACCAAGGCCACCUUCCAUUCCCAGUAUUAAAUAAUGUCUUCUGUUGAAAUUUUGUUUUUGAAGUUGUUUGCGUUUUGCUAUAGAAUUUAACAUAUUUUUAGCUAUACUAAUAUUAUCUAAACUAUUUCAAGACCCAGACCCAACCAAUGACUCUGUAACUACGCCUGGUGGACAGGAUAAAGGUUACACUCACCAAAAAAUUAAUAAUAUAUGGAAGUAGUUCUUAAAGGAUCCAGUAGGUGUGACAAUUAAGGAUGACGCAGCUCUAAAAUAUGAUUACCAUAUGUAAAUGUGGCAUAUUCCUAUGGAGCUUAAUUUGUAACAGGAUAAUGCAAACACCACAGUAAAUGACCACACCUGCAGCAAAUGUUGGCUCUCCAAGGACAAAUGAAGCAACUUUCCUUCACACCUCUGCUACAGUGAUUGGAUGACUGGAAAAAGAACAAAUGUCUGGCUGGAUUCUUCAGGGUGAAUUUCUCACAGGGUGAAAUUAUACAGCAAAAGUAAGACACCAAAUAUUUUGGAGUCCCUGAACUGGUUUGCUCUGAAAGAGAAUCAUGAAACCUUAUAAUGUGUCUGCCUGCACAGCCAGUUUUAAAUCGGGGCUAUUCCUAUUGCUGUAUAGGUGCUUAGAACACUUGCAAGUGUGUUGCCCUACAUGCAUAUAUGCCAGGGAAAAUGUACUUUGUGCUUUGUCAUGCUUUUGCACAUUCCAAACAUAGAUGCAUUACAGAUUCACAUAGGCUGAUGUAUCUGUGCUGUAGUGCUUUCCGACACUUGUUUACAGUAAGAUUUAAAGAAACUCUCCCUUGACUCCAAGGGAGUUAAUGUAUUUACUGGUAUUAUUUGGACAAACCAUAUAGUAAUUAAAUCCAAUUAAUCAGCCAUGCCAGUGGCAGCAUAUUUGAACUUUGCACCCUGGAGUACUCAGCCUGUCUCCCUGCAGGCUACCAGAAUUAUAAUUCCAGAACCGUAGGAACACAGGAAUGAAGGAAAUCUGAUUCCUUGCCUGCUACCAUGAGCAACCAUGUCACAUAAUCCUUUCUGUAAAUGCAUGGAGCUGUAUCUUAAAGUGAGUUUGGUGUCUUGCCUCUAGAAUUAUAAAAGAACCACAUAACUGAUUGGCGAGCUGCAAUUUAGAAGAUUGUUUCUAAGAUUAUUUCUGGUCCGGGAAUGUAUUUCUUCUUGUAUUGAUGCUGUGAUUUUGCUGCAGCUUCAGUAAUGACUCCUGAAAGCCAGUGGUCGAAUCACGUGUGGUCCUCCAGAAGUAUAAUGCUCUUUUCUUUUAUAAAGUAAGGAUUAUUUUGAUGACUGUUUUCCUAUUUUUUUUUUUUUAUUUCAUCCUUUUUAAAAUGAAUGAGCUGAAUGACAUAGAGAAUUCAAGAUGAAACUCUCAAACUUUUCUUCUAUAAAUGUAUUGAAGGAAAUAGUGCUUGUUGGAAAGAUUUUGUAUAAAGCAUCAUUUUUAAAGUGGCUCCUUUUUCUUUUUUAACCAUUUCUUUAGCAAAAUGCUUUAUUUUCAUCCUUUCAGAUUAUCCAAAUUCUCCCCAAUUUUAUCCAGAGAUUGAACAUGGCAGUGCUGCAGACUAGUAUGAGUAGUUCCAUGUAAUUUCUUUUUCUCAUGCUCUUUCUGUUAUAAAUUAACAAGUUAAAAGUUCCCUAUGUACACUGUUUAUUUUUUGCUGCUGUUUCUUUUGUUUUAGGAAUGACUGAACAUUAACUGGAAAAAUUAGGCUGGGUGAUUUUUAUGGUCCUUUUUUUGAAGAUAUGCACAGAUUUCUCAUCUAGAUGGGACAGUUUGCUGCAGGUAAAGACAAUUGAAUAUUUGAGAUAUUCAAACCAAUUAUAACUUGAAAGACUUGCCUAGGAUUGAAAUGCUUGUUGGAAUUCCGAGUUUUGCAAAACUGAGACGUUUUUUCUGGAUCUGUAUGAGUAGGGAGCUGAGAGAGGAAUAAGUACUGAAGGAGAGCACGUGAGGGGCUACUUGAGUUUAGCAUUGCGACUGUGACAUUAAAGGAACUCCCUCAUGGUUUCUAGAAGUGUAGUCAACAAAUAAACUGUAGCGCAGGAAAACAAAUCUGUUAUUUUUAGGGCAGUAAUGGGGUCAACACAGUAUGAUAUAUCAUUUUCACAAAGUGAAGCGCAUGUAUUACAUAUACGCCUACAGGUGGUGCAGAUAUAAAAUAUAAAUAUGGGAGGAAAAACACUGCCUGAGGCAGGUGACUUUGUAAGAGAUAUAAAAAUAGAAUGAAAAGGAACCUGGGGAGGCAGUGGGGAAUGAGUAGAAGGGGAUGGUGAUGAAGUAUGGAAAAUAUAUGUUGAGUAGAGGGGCAAAGUAAAUAUCUCAAAACAAGAGUACUAAUUAUGGGAAAAACAGGAAAAUGAAAGGAAAAACAAUGUUGAAGAAAAUUGGAAGAGCUAACAGUGAAAUUCUGUGUGUUUGAGUAGGCAUCUACAGAUGAGUUAGUCAAGUGAAAAACAGCGUAUGGUAAGGAGUGACUUUUUUUUCUCAUGAAAGAUAAAUAAGUCUCUGGACAAGUAUUUGGAAGCAAAUAUAUUAUUCACAAACCGGAGAGGUUAAAUAGUUUGUAAGAGGAUUCUGUUAUAACUGAACAA